AUGAGAACAUUCGCCGCACAAGACUUUGCACCUCCUACAGACAACGACAGACGAGGCGUUCAAAGCCCACCGAGGCAGCAACUAAAGAUUGUAACACCUGCCCAAGUGCCUAAGAGAGGCUGGCAACAAUGGGAGAGACACAGGAGGCCAAGUCAACCGAGUCCGCAAAGUCCACAAGGACACGGCCUUGCUCUUGAUUCUCAAGCACCUCGAUCAGCGAACGAAGGUCCAUCUCCCAUGACACCAAGCCACCGAACUCAUUCGCAACUAUUGCCUGACAAGCCUACGACUUACAGCCUCUUUCCAGCCCCUCCACCGAAGAGUGCUAGGAGGGCCAGUCAAUCUUUGAAUCCGCACAUACCUAGCUACGCACCAGAAAAAUCUCCACCGAUGGCCGGACCGCGCUUCCCAAGCUCGGUAGACACUAGCCAAGCAAAUAUGCAAGGCUACAACGGUCAUCGCAGCAUGUCCGAUCCUUUUUAUGACGAUCUUCAGAGAACCCCAUCUGGAGGCUACAGAGGCAUACCUUGGACUGAUCAGCCUACCAGCGUUCGCAGACCUCCGUCUAUGUACCAGCCAUACCGAGCAGCUCCCGUACCCGAAGGAUCGCAGCUACGAAGCUUACCAGAGGACUACCCACCGCCACCGCAAUUAGCACGAGAUCAAGUCAACUCGAUAUUACGCUCACACAGCCGUAGAUAUCCCACAAGGAAGAAGAGCGCUGGCAGCAGUCAGUACACGCGCUUUUCCAAUGCCUCAGAAUCGACGACGUUCGAAGACAUAGACGAGGAUUUACCGACUCAAUCCAGAUCAGUCCUUUCGCCUGUAGCUGAGAUGCGGUCGCCUCCACGGCGAGCCACCAGCGUUCUGAAUCGCCCACGGCCCAUACCGCGGCGAGUAGGCCACGAGGAGAUUUCUGGUCCAAAUGAAGAUGUUACGCAGUCGGCCAAAUACAAGAUUCUCGUUAGUCCUGGUCUGCAAAGUCUUGAUAAGUCGAUGUCCAGCUCCCCAGUCACGCCGACAACCGUGCAGAGGACGCCACAGAGAACGCCCCCUAUGAGGGCAAGUCGGCCUUGGUCGCAAGGUCUUUAA